AAGAGAUGAGUCAACAGCCCUCCACUAUAAGAUGUCCUGAUGGAGCCCAACAGUGGCAUACACACAGACAUCCAGCUGAGGAAUAACAGAAGCAUUCUGAAUUUCAAGAGAAAUUCGACAAAUAUGGACUACACUCUGGCCCUCCUGUUUUCUCUGAUGCACGUUUUAAGCGUGGGUACAGCUGCUCCUCUGCCGGUGGAAGUGGUGAAGAUGAAAUCAAAAGUGAAAUGGAUGGCCGAGCAGCUGGUGGUUAGGCUCAACAAAGACUUUCAGGUCCCUCCUGGUCUGACACUAAGUCCAUCUGCCGAUGUUCUGGAUGGACCAUCCUCCAUAGUGUCUGUCUUGGACGGUUAUAACAGCCUGAUCUCUGACACCUUCACUGGAGUCUCCCAGGUCAAGUUUGACAUCUCUUCUCUGACGGGUUACAUCAAUCAGUGGAGGCAGGGACACUGCAGUGAGCAGCGGCCGAAGCCUUCAGUGCCGGGGCCCCUGCAGGAGCUGCAGAGUCGGAAGGAGUUCAUUCACACUGUGAGCAUCGAGGCUCUGAUGAGGGUCAAGGAGUUCCUCAAUCUGCUGCUGAAAAAUCUGGACCAUCUUCAGACUUGCUGAAUGACAGACAUUAGAAUUCAUAUUUGUUGAUUGAGGGCCUCACUUUUU